AUGCAUCUUGGGAUAUACCUCUUGCUCUUAUCACCGGUUCUUGUCUCGGCCGGUCUAGAGGAGUACGAUGAGCCGUUCAUUUUACAAUUUAUCAAUAGAUCACAGACUCUUGAUCUUAGUCCCAAAUGCAAACAGAGUUUAGCAUUGGUGUACGACUAUUUGAACGAUAUCGAAACUCUGACCGACCAAAAAAUCUGCUACUUUGAAUCAUUUGCAACCGGUCCAAACGAUUUGUUCCUCUCGAGAGAUCAAGAUCGUUGGGUCUACAAAGGUUAUGAAUGUCUUUUAUCUGCUGGAGAAACUGUCUACUCAAAAUCUGAGCAUCCGAUGCAUUAUUGCUAUACUCAUGAUGAUGAUAAAGAUAAGCGAGUUCCAGCAUUCUCAGUGUGUAUCCCAUCUCCAUGUGCUGAUGAAAAUCAAAAACUUCUGGAAGAAUGGAGAAGAAUAACACAUCCAGAAGCCACUGAACCCAUUACUUUCACCGCUUGUACACGAUCGAGACACGAGAAACAGUGGUUCGAACUUCCAGUCCCAAUUGCUGAUUUUGGAUUUAAUAUGGGAUUGGUUAUGCUCGUUGUGAUGGCAACAAUCUUCCAUAACAUGAGAGGAGAUGACGCGAAAACCUGGUCCGCCAGAAUCCUUCUUGCUUUUUCUGCAAAGACAAAUUUCAAAAAGCUAGUUGCUCUUCCAAAAGAUCCACAGAGCUGUAUCACUUGUCUUCUGGGACUUCGAUUCGGUUCAAUGGUCUGGACGCUGAUCGGACAUUCAUUCAUUUUCGUUCAAGCUUAUAUGGAGAAUGUUGAAGAUUUCAAAUCGUCAAUGGUCGAUAAUUUCUUGAAUCAAUGGAUUACCAAUUUUACACUUUCUGUUGAUGUUUUCCUUACUCUUGGAGGAACUGUCCUUUCAUACAGUUGGUUCAGAAAAUGGCUGAAAAACACUUCAGAAGAAGAGCCAACAUGGACUUCAUGGGGAUACUGGCUCCGAUUCUAUCGUCACAGAGUUGUCCGUCUUUACCCUGCCUAUCUCUACACUCUUCUAGCAGUUACCCUCCGUAUUUCUGUGACCCACUUCCAUCCAAUGUGGCCUCCAACUGAUCCAGCCAUUCAAUGUCCAAAGUACUGGUGGCAAAAUGUUUUGUUUGUUAACAGUAUUUUGGAUAAUCAGUGUAUGCCAUGGACUUGGUACAUUGGAACCGAGUUCAUUUACUACUUACUGUCUCCAAUCUUCCUUCUCUCAUUGAGAAAAGCUCCAAAACUUGGAUUCAUUCUUUGCUUUGUGGUUAUCAUGUUCUCAGCUGGUUUGAACGUGGAAUCAAUUGUUCGUAAUAACUUCCCACCAACCCAAUUUCUCUGGAAACAACCAGAAAUUUUCAAUCCAAACUUCAUUCAACAUCACUUGGAACUUUACAUCAAGCCACAAUACAGAAUUGGUCCAUACCUCAUUGGAAUUCUUCUCGGAUACCAAUUGGCUAGAUACCAAAGAAUUCCAGUCAAGCCACAACAAAGCAACAGAUAUAUUAUCACCAUGUGGUCCGUGGCUUUGAUUGGAAUCUUCUUCGGCCUCUACGGUCUGUAUCCAGCCCUUCAAGGAUGGGAUUCGAUUGCCUGGAGAGCCUAUCACUUGCUUUACGGAGCACUUCAUCGUAACAUUUUCUCAAUUGGUGUCGCUUUCUUGAUCUAUAUCUGUCAUACUGGAAUUGGGGGUCCAGUCAACGUCUUCCUCUCUUCCAAUUUCUUCCUGCCAUUGGCCAACUUGAGUUUCUCGGCCUACCUCUUCCAUAUGAUCCCUGUUGUUUUGACCUACAUGCUGGUUCCAUUCCCAAUCUACUUCAAUACUCAAAUUCCUCUCUUCAUCCAUUGCUUCGUUCAACUUCUCAUCACUUACGUCUUCGCCAUCAUUUGCACAAUGGUCAGUGAGCUUCCAGCUCUGAAUAUUGAAAGGCUACUGUUGUCUUCUCCACCAAAAACCACUCUGAAACCCAUUCCACAAACGGAUUCUGAACUUCAAUUGAAGACAUCUGAGAAGGCGUAA